GGCCCGUGGACAUGGUGGAGAUCCGGCUCAUCCACAGCCCUGCUCCAUGAUUCCUGAAUCCCGGUCCGUCUGUGUGCUUCUGUCCGUGUGUCUCUCCAGCCGACAGACCUCUGGCUCCAGACCUUUUUUGAGGAACAGAACACAGACAGAAGGACAGAAGGAGGACAAACGCACUGAAGCUGAACACAGAACAAGGUCUGAACUCACCAACUCACAGUGUGAUGUCCGCAGGUCCACAGCACUCCAGCGUUGAGCUGCAGAGGAGACGAGAACAUGCAUCAUAUCAGAUCUUCCCGGAGCCUUCGGAGCAGCCGGAGCCGGAGCUGGAGCCGGAGCUGGAGCCGGAGCUGGAGCCGGAGCCGGAGCUGGAGCUGGAGCCGGAGCCGGAGCUGGAGCCGGAGCCGGUGAAGGAGCGUCUGCCGUCCAUCGUGGUGGAGCUGUCGGAGGAGAGCGGAGGUCUGCAAUGGCCUCCUCUUCACACACAGACCUCCAUCAAUGAGGAAGAGGAGGAAGACCCUUUCCAGGACCACUGUGAGCCCAUCAGCGCCGCUCAGGAGGAGCAGACCAGUGCGGACGGAGCUCCUCGGUUCAAGCGUGUAUCGAUCCCUGGCGUUCAGAUCGACUGCAGCAGACUGACUCCGCCCCCCUCACCGACGUCAUCACACUCGGCCCCGCCCCGUUUUCUAAGCUGAGCGACAGACAGCACAACUCACUGUACUUACUGAAGCAUUAGAAUUAAAGUGUUUUUUUCUGUUUAUAGGUUUUACCUUCAAAUAUCAAUCUGAUGGCAAAAUGAUGCGAGAUUAAAAAUUGAUCAUUGCUUUUCGGCAGCAACAAACGCACGUGUAAUUAAAACACUGGUGUAUUUACCAUAGUGAGAUGUACUGAUCUAACAGUAGGGGGCUCCAAAGUCGCAAAAAAAAAAAAAUACAAACAGCUGCUUUUGAGAUUUUGAAAAAUGUAAAACAAAAUGGUAAAGAAAUAAUUUCAUCUAUGCUGUGUUUCUAUGUGACUAAUCAAAUGUAAGUAAACGAGUGUCGUCACUGAU